UCUUACGCCACCACAGUAACGUACACCAUUUUUGACUACAGCGACAACACACUACAGAGAACCAUGGCGAGAAUACUCAGCGAUAUUUGACGAAGCACAGCGACAAAAAUGGCAUUGACCUGCCGGAGAAUGAAGCGACCGCACUUGGACGACUGUCUGUCACGCACUAAUACACGGAAUCUGGUGGUUUUCGACGAGGAAUAUCAAAAUACGUGAGGAUUAUUGUUAAUUCAGCCGCCAUAGAUCUGAAGAGGGGAAGGGAGAAGUGAGAGAAAUGGCUUCGACCGUUGGUGCUGAUAAGGUUUGUGGAGGAACGGCGGUGGAGAGGUUCGGCAGCGGAGGAAUGGCGCUUCUCCCCUGGACUAAACAGAUGCUGACCGUGGUGUGGGAACAGCUCCGGCUGCUUCUUCAGGUCAUUUACUACACGUUUAUGUCAGUUUUUCAGAUGUUCAGGUUUGAAGUUCACCUGAGAAUCACAGAUGAGAAUGGGCAACACAUCCAGCACAUGAGUUCAGCAACAAACCCAUCGGAGUCCUUUCUGUUCACCUCGUUGUUUGACGGAGAAGGUGGAGUCAUGGUUGGGGGGACGAAUCACUUGUCAGACUUCUGCGCAGAUGUUAGCGAGACCUUCUCUGGGAAAUCCACUGCUGAGGCCCUGUUGUCCAGUCUACGUGCUGAUGACAUCUGCUGUGGACUCGUGGAUGACUUUGUGUCUAGAACAGCUGGUAAAGACGACGGAAUCCUUCUUGUAGAUCAAGCUACCUGGAAAAUGGGCUUCCCUGGUGACUGGAACAUCUUCGUGUCAAGUGGUGACGGCUUGAGUUCAAACGAGACCUGCCAUAACAGUGGUGAGAAGUUCUUCCAACAGAAUUUCACAAAAGCUAAACAUUUCAAGGAGGAUACAUCUGAGGAGGAUAGAAGCUGUAACUGGAGUAGUGAGGAAGACCAGAACAUAGUAGAAUUUGACAGUGAAGAGAGUAAGGCCCUUUGGGAAUCUCUGUCAAAGUCUAGUGAUCCCUACAACCCCUUCUUUUUCUCUGCCUGUAUUUCAACCAAUACAGACAUGGGGGGAAACAAAAAUGAAGUAAAAGACAGUGCCAACACUGACACUAUGUCAGUGGGCAAGGCCAGCGAGGAGAGGUCAGGGCCUCGAGGCCUAAACAUCUGGAUCAGUCGCUCUGACAGUGAGAGCAGCUGGACCAGCUCCGGCAGCUCCAGUCCUGACAUAGACAAAGAGGAGAGUGAAAGACUUUGGGACUUCUUCAGCAGUCCAGCAGACCCCUACAACCCCCUGUGUUUCACUGCAUGCACAAUCAGCAGCACAUCUCCUCCAUGUCCCACCACCACAGUCUCUAAAGCACAGACCUCACUGCCUGUACCUUCCACCAAGUCUGAUUCGGACGAUAAGGAAAGCAGUUUCCCUCCUUCAUCUGAGGAUGAAGGAUGGAAAGAGGAUGAAGAGGAGCAGCUUUGGAGAUCCCUCUGCCCAGACAACGACCCGUAUCACCCGCUCAACUUUCAGGCCUGCCUUCAGAGCUCCCAGUCAAAAUCACGACAAGUUGAGAAAGAUUGUGACUAUCCUAACGUUCGUCGCAGAAAAAGGUCGCCUACUAGGGGCAAAAACUAUAAAAAAGAUCAGAGUACAAGCAUAAAACACACACCCAGCAAGCCUAUUCUGCCAGAGAGGCAGAUAAAACGACACUCCCAUCCAGAAAAAACACUGGUGCCUUGGAAAAGACCUGGACAAACGCCUCAUUCUCAUCCAGAAGAUCAAAAUGAAAGCAAAACCAGCCGUAGUCAGAAAAAGGUUCGUUUUUCCCCUCUUGUUCAAGUCCACGUAAUGAGGACGUGGUCAUUUGCCCACCAAGCAUCUCGCAAAGGACACUGGGAUGUGUUGGUCAGAGAUCGUGAACGAUUCCGAAGGCGGAUCCAGGAAACAGAGGAGGUCAUUGGCUGCUGCUUCACCCAGGCCCACAGAGAGAAGAUGCAGGCGUACCUGGACGGUGCCUUGACAUGAAGGAUAAUUUAAAAAAACAAACCUUUGGAACACUGAAUAGUUAAUUUCCUUUUAUGGAUGAGAACUGGUGAUUGGUUGCAAUGCAACAGUGUUUUUGAUUUAGGCCAAUUAGAAAAUUUGAUGUUAGGCCAAUUUUUACUGUUUGGUGUGAUGUUGAACAACUUUGUACCUCAAAAGGUUUUAUACAUUGAGUGAUUGUUGCACUGGCUGACACUUUUCUCAUUGUAACCUCAACAUCAAUUAAUGGAAUGUUGUUUUGUAUGCCUUAUUUAUAUUUAUAUAUAUAUACAUAUAUAUAUAUACAUACAUAUACACACUGACCUAGUAAUGUAACCUGUGUAUUUAUGCCCCAUGGAGCUUGAUCUUAUUUUUUAAGUUUGUGUGUCAGUGUGUGGAAGAUAAAACCGACCACAGCAGUGGAACUAACAGUAGAUGAUGACCAUUAACAGCAGAGCUUUACAGUACAAAGUGUUUUAUUUAAGCAUGAUGGUGGAUAUGUAGAAAUCCUGGUGCGAUGUUCGUGUUUUUCCUUUGAUGUUUGACUUCCUGUCUUGUAUUUGAAUUUGCAUAUACAGGCAGUUAAUAGGUGGCCUUUUUAGCACUGAGAUGGAAACAUGUUUUUAUUAUUAUAUUCACUGCAAAGAUUCAAACACUGUCUGGUGUAAUUCACUUCAUGCAGCUGGAAAUAUGUCAAACAUUUUGUAGCAAAGAAAAAAAAUCAGUAGGUUUUGUCAAACAAUAAAUGUUUUAAAUGAUCAA